AUGGCCCAAUUUAAACCCAAACGCUGGCAAGUCGAGGACCGAUGCGGCCUCUGCAGCACCGAGUUCUCGCUCAUGAACAAACGACACCACUGCCGCCACUGCGGACUCUCGGUCUGUGGUAAACACUCCAGGAACAAGGUCAUAGUGCCCACCUCGCUGUCUAAAGUGCCGCAGCGAGUGUGCGACAAGUGCUACCCACAGUGCCGCAGUAUUGCGAGAGGACUUGCGCCUCCACCUCGUCGCGACUUGCCUGACGACAAACCGCGACGACACACACUCGAAGCGAAGGAUGAACGUGAAUAUGGGCAGCGAAUGCGGAGCCCCGGCGGUGGGCCGAGAAAAACUUUGGAAGAGGCUCGAAGAGAUAACAGAACGUGGAACGGAGAUGACGACUAUGAGGAGCCUCGACGGGCCAUGCGACGGGAUGCAGAGCCACGUACCAUGCACGCAACGCGCGAUCGCCGCAUGAGGUCUCCUCGGGCAAAGUCUCCCCGUGCCGCAAGAGACUUAUUUCAUGGUCCACGUGACAAGGAGCGACGAAACAGAGACCCACGCGAGAGAGACCCGCGCGAAAGAGACUUACGGGAGAAGGAACGACGGACGCGAGACCCAAGAGAAAGAGAUCCUCGAGAAAGAGAUCCACGCGAGAGAGAUCGACGGAACAGAGACCCCCGUGCAAGAGAUCCGCGAGAAAGAGAUCCUCGAAGGGACCCACGUGACCCCCGUGAGAGGGAACGACGUGAAAGGGAUCCUCGUGAGAGAGAGCGACGUGACAGAGCUCUGCACGAGCGAGAUCUGUUCGAUGGCGCUCCACGUGUAAGAUCUUCACGCGACUCACCAGGACAGAAAGAGCGGCGUCGAAUGCCAACCAUGGAGCCGAGUAGGAACCGAAAGCAUGAACAGAUGCGUAGCCCCGUGCCCAGCCUCGUUAAGCGAGCGAGUGGCAAGACACGUGCAGACACGUCAUCUACGUGCCGCACUACGUCGUCAACCCUGAGUAACCUGUACGCUGCUUUGAAUGCGAACGAUGAAAUAAAGCCCCAAGCGCCUCCACCAAAGCCCAAGCCGCAGCGCCGCAAGGAGGAGAAAGAGAAGCCAAGUGCAUUUGCUGAUUCGACUUUCUCCAUUUUCAGCCUAGCAGGAUCCGACCACGAAGACUCGGCAGCCAAGGCACGUAGCGAUGCAGUGAACAAGAAGAAAGCGGUGCGUCGGCCAGGAGAGAAUAGCGCUCAUCGUGAAUCGAUGGAGAAGAAGGAGCAUCUGGACUUCAGCGCCUCCUCCAGCAGUGUUAAAAGCUUUGAAGUUUCGGCCAUCACGCAGAAGUAUCUAAACCCGAAGCCUGCAAAAGCAGCGAUGCAGAAGACCAGUCUGAAGCCCAUGAUCGAGGAAGAUAGUGAAGAGGAGUCAACCAGAGGAGUGAGCAGACGCAAAGCUGCCCCGCAAGCUGUUCGUAAAAUGGUACCGCCGUUCCAGCGUGGCAGGCCCGAUGCUAGUUUCCGAGACAGCGACGAGAUUUUACGAGAGCGGAAGGGAAGCGAUGAUGGUAGAAAGCUAUCGUCUCAAAAUAGUGGUGGAGCCAAGUCAUCGCGUACGUCGUCUAUCUCUGACAAUGACGGAUUCAAGGAGACGCGGGCUUUAAUGGGUAGCGACAGUUCGUUUUGCAGCGUCGACGACUACUUUAGCAACGACGAAGACGAGUCGCUCGCGAAACUUCUUGCUGCAUCCAACCGAGGGAAAAAAGACCUGACUGCAAAACUUCGGGCAAAGAAGGAGGCAAUCGCAGGAAUCGACGCUGCCAGUCUUGAGGCAAAUAAAAAGGCCCGAACAACUGCCAACUACAAAUUGACCAAGAGCGACCAAGAGAUGAUGCGCCAGAUCUCAGACCUGGAAGCUCUUGUUCUUCAGCACCAAAAGGAGCUGCCAGAUCUACUGGAUAUGUACAGCGAGGCUGUUAAGAGAUCGCAAAAGGCACAGAGAGAGUUGCAAAAGGCCAAAGUGCGUGUGGCUCGGUACGAGAAGGCGCACGCUGCAGUGUCGCGAGCCAUUCGAACGGGAAAGUCUUUCAUGGAGCAGAAGGAGUACAUGGCUGCCAUUCUGGAGUUGUCGCGUGCUACCGGCAUCGAGCGCUCGAACGCGACGCUGUGGUAUCUGCUGGCGGAGUGCCGAUUGAUGGUCGGUCAACCGGCGGCUGCAGAGGAGGCAUGCAUGACGAGCUUAAAGCUACAACCGUCUGGAGGAGGUGUGGCGAUGCUGGGGCGAAUUAUGCACGAGCGUGGGCGACUCGAUGAGGCUAUUGAGUGUUAUUUAUCGGCUUUGGGGCGAAACGAGGAGAUUGAAGACGAAGAAGAUAGUGAGUAG